GCAGUGCGGCGGCGAACCCAGAGGGUGCCCUGGAGUCGGCGAGCCGAGCGCGAUCCCCACCGCCCCUCCGCGUGGAAAUGAAGUGCAUUGUGGGCAUCGGAGGCAUGACCAACGGCGGCAAGACCACUCUGACCAACAGCCUGCUCAAGGUGCUGCCCAACUGCUGUGUGAUCCACCAGGAUGACUUUUACAAGCCCCAAGACCAAAUCGCAGUUGGGGAGGACGGCUUCAAGCAGUGGGAUGUGCUGGAGUCCCUGGACAUGGAGGCCAUGCUGAGCACCGUGCAGGCCUGGGCGAGCAACCCCCGGAAGUUCGCCCGUGCCCACGGCGUCAGUGUCCAACCGGACACCCUGGACACACACAUCCUCAUCCUGGAAGGGUUCCUCCUGUACAGCUACAAGCCCCUGGUGGACUUAUACAGUAAACGGUACUUCCUGACCGUCCCCUACGAGGAGUGCAAGUGGAGGAGGAGUACUCGAAGCUACCAGGUCCCCGAUCCCCCUGGCCUCUUUGAUGGCCACGUGUGGCCCAUGUACCAGAAGUAUAAGCAAGAGAUGGAGGCCAAUGGUGUGGACGUAGUGUACCUGGAUGGCACGAAGUCCCGUGAGGAGCUCUUCCACCAGGUCCUGGAAGACAUUCAGAACUCACUCCUGAACAACUCCUAGUGUGGCCGGGGCGGAGGGGCCCGACCCCGGACUGGAGAGACCCACACACAAUUCCGGCCACAGUACGGCCAGUCUGGCGGCGUCCCAGCAAGACACCGACGACCAUUUCCCUUUGUGGAUGUCUGUACAUAUGAGAGUGGAGGCCCCACUCACAGCUCAGCAUCUUGGGGCCCCAGGAUCCAGCCCCAAGAUGCCUCUGUAACCUCACAGCAGCUUAAGAAUUAAACACUA